GCUUUCCUAAUGUGCAGUUGGAGCUUCUAACCAGUUUCAGAUAAGUUUCUGCUUAUCUUCACUCAGUUUUGUGCGGACCUAGCAAAUAAACAGCUGCAACACGGUUCUGCUAAAAUAAUAUACUUUCGGGUAACAUUUGAAACGCAUACCGUGGAAAACCUUCUAUCAUUUCAGACUGGAAAUGUUGACUUUAGUCUUUGUGUGUCUCUCUUUUUCACUCACAGGCCUACAUGCUUCCUUUUCAGUGGCUGUUAAUGGUCCCGUAGUAAAAGUGAAGGAGAAUGAGGGAGUUGACUUGCAAUGUUCCUACACCGCUGACUUUGGAGCAACACCCAGAGUAGAAUGGAAGUUCAGAAAUCUGAAGGGCUUUCAGUAUUUCAUCUACUUUAAUAACAAACCAACUGUUGAAUAUGAACAGCGCAUCACUGUGUACGCUGGAGGACUGAGAUUUCAAAAAGUAACGCGAGCAGACGCUGGAGAUUAUAACUGUGAGGUUUCUGGAAACGGUGGAUAUGGAGAGAAUACCAUCAAACUUGUAGUCUCUGUUCCUCCUUCCAAGCCUGUAUCCAGCAUUCCUUCAUCAGUCACAACAGGCAGUAACGUCCGCCUGACUUGCUUUGACCCAGUUGGCUCUCCUCCAUCCACCUAUGAGUGGUACAAAGACAACAACCUCCUCCCUGAGGACCCAACCAAGUUUCCCAUUUUUAAGAACCUCACAUAUAAGAUGAAUGCUUUCAAUGGAAACCUGGAGUUCUUGAGUGUGUCUAAGUGGGAUGCUGGCUCAUAUUUUUGUGUGGCCAGUAAUGAAAACGGUGUCUCUCAGCAUGGUGAUGCAGUGAAGAUGGAAGUUUAUGAUGUAGACAGCAGUCAAGUGCUGGAUGUGAAGAGCAACUUGAGCAUGGAGACACACAACAUUCCAGGCAAGAUCACCAACAGCCACAUAAUGGAAAAACAGUAUGGUGUGUUCAUGUUGCAGGAGGUGAAGCUAAAACUAGAGAUCCAGAAACUGGAAUUAGAAGUGACCAAGCUAAAGCUGGAGCUGCAAAAACUUGGACAUGAAGUGUAGAUGAUAUCAUUCAUCAUUACUGCUAUAAGUCAAAGAACUUAUUUCAUGUGCUGAUUUCAGAUGUUAUUGUAAUUACAUUUGUUUUUAUACAGCUGGGGUCUGUUUUUCAUACCUCACUUAAAAGAUCUGUGAUGAUUUGACAGAUAUGGAUUUUUUUCAGGAUAUCCGUGUGGUCUUAAAGUCUUAAAUCUCAAAAACUCAAAUUUAAGCCUUAAAAUGUCUUUAAUCUACUGAAACAUUAUGUUGUAGGUCUCUUUUUUUAACAUGUCUUUUUCUUUGUUUAUGUAUAGCUACCCUAUCUGGCUAAAACCCAUACAUUCACCAACAAUCCUUCUCAAUAAAACUUUUAACUUUUUAUUUAAAAA